AUGUACUACGUCGUUUUGUUGAAUACUGUUACAGUGAUCGUGUCGGCAAUACCAACAUGGACCCAAACACCAUAUGAUACGGUAGCUGUGAAUGGUGGAUCAGCUGAGAUGAAAUGUGCACUCAGUAAUCUCGUUCCACCAUCUUUACCUAAAUGGUACGAUACAUCAGGGAGUUCACAUAGACAAGUUUCAUCUGGUACAGCCGUUAUCACACAUCAGUGUCCUACAUGUAUUAUUACUGGAACACAUUCUGAUGGAGAAUAUCAUCUAAAGAUGGAUCCUGUGAGUGUAACUGAUGAUGGCACAUGGAAGUGCACUGUGGGAAAUGCACAUCCUCAGUCACAAGAGGCAACACUUAUAAUACUGGAUGAAUCACCAAUCUGUAUCACAGAGGGCGCGAUUGGAUCAAAUUAUGAAGUCAUUACCGGUACUGGUGUUACAUUGAAAUGUGAUCUAAAUAAAGCAGCACCUCCUGGUGAACUAAUGUGGACUGAAAAUGGACAGGAUACAAAUCAUAAAGGUGACAGACCGAUGUCAUGGCUUAUAACAAUAACCAAAGCUAAAAAGGAUGAUCGAUACAACUGUAAAUACAGUCACAGUUCAAUGUCAAUAUAUCCACAAUGUAAUCGUGAUAUUAUAUUUGAUGUACAAUAUCCACCUGAGAUAACAACAAGUAUUACAAGUGGUGAUAAUAAUGGUAAAAUAAAGAAAUAUCAAGACUUCACAACAGUGUGUUUAAUUACACUUGAGUCCAAUCCAACACAUGACAGUAUUAAAUGGGAAAAGGAUGGUGUUACCAUAGCAAAUACCAGUACACUGAGUAUAUAUAAUAUCCAGAUAUAUGACAGCGGUUUGUAUACGUGUAUUGCUACCAAUACAUACUGGGAUGAUACACAUGGAACAAAUGUAGAAAUUCUAAUAGUAGAUGUACAGUAUUCCCCGCAGACUGUUUCUAUAUCCACGAAUAAUGACGAUGCUAACGUGAUAGAAGGAAACACAUUCACCGCUGUGUGUAAUAGCGAUGGAAAUCCCACCCCUAGUUACACGUGGAAGAAUUCUGACCAUACGUAUACAUCAAAUGGAACUAUACUGACAAUCACGAAUAUACGUAGAACGGAAAUUGGUGAAUAUACCUGUACAGCGACAAACACAUUCUACGAUGGUACUCGUGGGAGUGGAUCAUCGGGUAUUUAUGUCAAUGUGCAAUAUCUAGUAGGAUUUGUAUCCAUCAGCGAUGGAAAUAACGGGUACAUUGUUGAAGGCAAGACUUUCGUUGCAACAUGUUCAGCUAGUGGAAAUCCAACUCCUAGUUAUUCUUGGGAGGAACCAUCAGGAGCUUUUAUUAAGUCUGGAAGUAUUUUGAAUGUAAAUCAUAUCAAUAGAAACCAAACUGGGGAAUAUAAAUGCAGAGCGUCGAAUAUAUUACAUGAUGGUACAACGCAAAGUGAGAUAGCAACCAUCACCGUGGAAGUACAGUAUCCAGCAGAGGUUCAAACCCCAGCAUUUGUGACACUAGUAGAAGGUGAAACACUGUCGAUAUAUUGUACUGUAGAUGGAAAUCCAGAUCCCAUAGUCACAUGGACUACACCCGAUAACAGUGUAUUUAAAGGAAGCACAUAUGAGAACGCAUGUGUUCACAGAGCACAGAAUGGAACAUAUAUUUGUACUGCUACAAACACUUUUCAUAACGGAGAACAGAAAAAAGUUGCUUCAAACACUGUCGUUAUAAUACAAUAUUUACCCACACUUGUUGGCCCAAGAAUGUAUUCUGGAGAUAUCGGUGAAUCAGUAACAAUGACACUAAUUGUAGAUGCUAAUCCUUUGCCUGUGACAUGUGGUGAUUGGGUGAAUGACUUCGUAGUUUUACAUACUAGAGAAGAAACACCAUCAAGUUGCGAAGUUCAUAUCGAAGAGAUUGCCGAGCAGCACUUUGGUACAUAUACUAUAUACACGAGUAAUGACGCUGGAAUAGUUUAUCUUUAUAUCGAAUUAGUGCCAACAGACGUUCCUGAAUUCCCAGUGUCUAUCGCUGUUAUUGGUCGAUAUUAUGACAGUGUAGUCAUUGAUCUAGUGCCUGGAUACCAUGGAGGAGAUCCCGAACAUUUAAGACACUAUAUAGAAUACCGUUCUCCGAGCGAUGCGCUUUUUCUAACGUGGCCUAGAGAUGGAACAGGAACACGCAAUACUACAAUACAUAUACUCGAUUUACAACAUUCAACUGUUUAUGAAUACAGAGCCCAAACCGGAAGUACAAAAGGGAGAAGCAACUUCUCUUCUCUCCAGGUAGUCAAAACAUUUGGUACAGGAAAUAAGAGUAAUGAUAUUGUAAUUUUAGCUGGUAUACUUAUACCACUUUUCGUUUGUUCUGUGACUGGUAAUAUCAUUGCAUUUAUGUUGUAUAGACGUUUCAAACAUCAAAUACCAACAAAACAGACAUCAGAAAUAAUGCCAUCAACAUCAUUUAAUAAAGAACCAACAUAUGAAGUUCCAAAGCCAUUAUCGAAUUUGGACGCUGAAGGUGAUAGCAGUUAUACAUCACUUUCUCCCCUGACAAGGGACGAAGUGUCGCAUUAUGAAAGACCAAGCACGAUAAACAAAACCUCUGAAUUAUAA